CUCAAAUACAUUUCUAUCGAAUCAAAUUUGUUUUAAUUUCGAUGAAAUAUAAAAACGGUUACCGUUUUAUUUAUUAAGCAUCAUUAAAAAACUGUUGUAUCAUUACGAAAUUACAUAAAAUACAACUAUAGAUGCGAAUCGAAUUGCCUACGUGUGUCCAAUUACUAACAAUAUACAUGAUCACAAUAACGUUCAUUUAUUAACUCCGGAACGGCUUCGUGAUGAAUAAGAAACCAGUCAGAACCGGCCCGAGGAUCCGGAUAACCAGACCCGCGAAUAGAAAAAAGGAGGAACUCACUCAGAAACAAGACGAUAGAAGCUACAUAUACACCUGCCAGUUCUGUCGUGUUAAAUUCACUCAGAACAGUCAUUUCUUCCGUCACAUGACGUCCAAUCAUCAAACCCAGCAGAGAGAAGCGACAUUCGAGUGCAACGACUGCCAGGUCGUCUUCAACAGAAAGAAUAAUCUGGAUUUCCAUUGUCAAACACACCAUCAGAUAAAGAGCAAAUCUAAGUGCGAAACCUGUGCUAUAACGUUCAAAUCGCGCUACUGUUUACGUAGACACAUGAAAUUAAAGCAGAUACUCGCUGAGAAUUCGUGUUUAAAAUGUCAAAAGAAAUUCACAAGUAAGGAUCGGCUUAUGAAGCAUAUGAACAAUAAACAUACGUAUAAAAAUGUUACGUUUGAGUGCGAUCACUGCUCCCUCAAGUUCAAAGCUAAGCAGUCACUCUCGAGUCACAUGAAUCGGAUACAUAAGAGAUUAUGA